GCUGCUUCCUCUUGGCGGGUGGGCUGCAGCUAUGGAGGGCGAGCCUCCACCUGUGGAGGAGCGGCGGCGGCUGCAGGAGGAGCUGAACGAGUUCGUGGAAAGCUGCUGCCGGACGCUGGAGGAGGUGACGGCGUCCCUGGGCUGGGACCUAGAUAGUCUGGAUCCCGGGGAAGAGGAGGCGGCGGAGGAUGAAGUUGUGAUAUGUCCAUACGAUUCCAAUCAUCACAUGCCUAAAUCAUCUUUAGCAAAGCACAUGGCAUCUUGUAGAUUGAGGAAAAUGGGCUAUACCAAAGAAGAAGAGGAUGAAAUGUAUAAUCCUGAGUUUUUCUAUGAAAAUGUGAAGAUACCUUCGAUUACUUUGAAUAAGGACUCACAAUUCCAGAUAAUUAAACAAGCUAGAACUGCAGUUGGGAAAGACAGUGAUUGUUACAAUCAAAGGAUUUAUUCUUCAUUGCCUGUUGAAGUUCCUCUGAAUCACAAACGGUUUGUUUGUGAUCUAACUCAAGCUGAUCGUCUUGCCCUCUAUGAUUUCGUAGUUGAGGAGACAAAGAAAAAGCGCUCUGAUUCUCAAAUUAUUGAAAAUGACAGCGAUCUCUUUGUAGACUUGGCUGCCAAAAUCAAUCAAGACAACAGUCGAAAAAGUCCAAAAUCCUACCUUGAAAUCCUGGCAGAAGUAAGAGAUUAUAAAAGAAGACGCCAGUCCUAUAGAGCCAAGAAUGUUCACAUAACCAAGAAAUCAUAUACUGAGGUGAUUCGAGAUGUGAUAAAUGUGCACAUGGAAGAACUCAGCAAUCAUUGGCAAGAAGAACAAGAGAAGGCAGAGGAUGAUGCCGAAAAGAAUGAAGAAAGGCGAUCAGCUUCAGUAGAUUCACGGCAGUCUGGGGGAAGCUAUUUGGAUGCUGAGUGUUCACGACAUAGAAGGGAUAGGAGUAGAAGCCCACAUAAAAGAAAAAGAAAUAAAGAUAAGGAUAAAAACUGUGAGUCAAGAAGAAGGAAAGAGAGGGAUGGGGAAAGACACCAUAGUCAUAAAAGAAGAAAGCAAAAAAUAUAAAUGAAGCACUUGUACCUAUAUUAAUUAUGCUUAUGCCCUGAUAACCAAUAUACAGAUAUAUUAAUUGGAAUUCCUUUGCAUAGGAGAAUGUUUUUAUGAUCUGUUUAGUGCUUAUUAUUUUCCAAUAAAUAUGCUUCAAACCAUAAGUACACUAUUAGGCCCUACAACUUUGUUUUCCUUAUCUUUUAUUAGAUGAUUUGCUUCCUAUAACUGAUCUUGUUUUGUUCUUUUUGCUAAUAUAUGUAUCUCAAAAUUCUUUAAUUAAGUCAAUAUUUAUCAUAUGUAAAUUAAACAUGAAUACAUUCUCAUCUUAUAACUACAUCUUAUAAAUAAGGCUAAUAACCCUUAGAACACCACCUGCGGUUCUGUCCUCACCCCAGUGGCGACUACUGUUUACCACUACAAUGGUGAAUUGUAGUAGGGAAAAACAAUCUAAAUAUUGAAGAGAAAUGGCCUAAUUAAAAUAUGAUGUAGUCAUAGGAUAGAUUAUUGUAUUGGAGUUAAAAGAAUCUAGAUCCAUAUUAACCUGGAUUGGUCUCAAAAACAUAAUGCUCAGUGAAAAUAGCAAGUUGUAGAAAGUGAUAUACAAAUUAUAUAUAUGUACAAAACAAUACUAUGCAUUCUCUAUGGCUAUAUAAUAUACGUAAAUCUAUUUUUAAAGAUUCAGAAGAAUCCACACCAAAGUUCUAACAUUAAGUAGGGGGUAUAGAUGAGAGAUUAGGGGUGCAAAUCAGGAUUGGGAGGGUGGUCAGGGAACUUUAGCUUUAUCCAUUAACACAUUAAUUUUUUAAAAAAAUAAGGUAUUCAUGUUUCAUUUAAUUUAAAAUAUACUGUCAUGUUGUGUUUUGUAAAUCAAGUGAAUUGAGGUACUAUUUACUUACAUUUAUUGCACCCUUUUUAAGUGUGUAUUUUAUUGGGUUUUGACAGAUUCAUACCUCUGUGCAGCCACCGUCACGAUCAAGAUACAAAUAUUUUCAUUGCCCAAAAUUCUCAUACCCCCUUUCCCAAUCAGUUCCUCUACCCCUAGCCCUAGACAGCCACAGAUUUGCUUUUGGUUACCAUUGAUUAGAUCUAUCCAUUGUAGAAUUCAUGUACAUAGAAUACUGCAGUAUGUACUCUGCCUUCUUCCUCUCUGCAGAUUUUUGAGAUUGAUCCCUGUGUGUCAGUUGUCCAUUUUUUUUUGUUGCUGAGUAGUAUGUUCUAUCGUAUGUCAGAUCAUUCAGGUGAGACUUUGGCAUGAAAUGUUAAGCAUCUGACAUCUAAAUAGCAAUAUUUUGAAUACUGGAAACUCAGGUUAAAGAUUUUGUUUCCAAGUAGAAAUGAAAUCUUAUUAUUUUAACAAGUAGCUGACAAUGACAGAAAGAUUGGAUUUGGAUCAGAUUGGCUGUUAGGCUUCAGGUAUGGGAAACAGCUCUCAGAUUUAUAAAUUGGAAAUCACCAGGUUACUUGCCAAUAUAUAGUCAUAUUGCUGCCAUUGUACUUAAUUUCUAAAUAUAUAAAAUCCACAUUUAAAAAUUGUAAAAGCAAGGACUUGGGAGUGACUGAUGAAUCAUGAAAUUGCUGCUUUUAUAGAUCAAAACUACUGGAAUCAUCAGGAAUUUCAUAUUGUUUCAUAUUGUGUGACAAUUUAUAAUUUUGUUUUAAAUUAUGAUUUCACUGAUUUUACUAACUGGAAGGAAGAAGAGUAAAAUUGGCAUAUGUAGGUUUUUUGUAGAAGAAAGAUACAAGUGAAAAUUAGGGUGGAUUGGAGAAAUUGGGGGAAAAUAGAACAGUACAGAGAAAGGAAGAGAUUGAAAAUGUUACCAGAGUUCUUUAAAGCUCACAUUUUAUAGUGUCACUGCUGCAAACUAUUUAAUAAAAUAUGGCAUCGGGUGAAAA